AUGGGCAUUCCAUACUCGCGACAAAUCCAUGCAGCCUUUGACCAGGUCACACCUCUUGUCGCUGCCGGCUUCGAAGUCCUCCAAACAACCAAGAACAUAUCUAUUUUACUUGCUGCCAUUCAAGUACUUACUGUCAUCUUUCUGGCUCUCAUAUUUGUGGAGCUAUUCGCACUGCUGGUGACCAUCAACCCAGAGCUGGAAUAUGAAAGACAGAACUUAGUAACGCCUGUGGUGAAAUGGUUCGCAGGUCUGUUCAUUCAAUUAUCGGAAUAUCGCAAAAUCCUCGUGUUCCUGGCGCUGGUCAUUCUCGUUGGGGUAUGCAUAGGAAGCGCCGCAGGACUUUAUUACACAUCCAAAGAUCCUACACUAGUUAUAGACGACUUGACCGCUUCUACCGAAGAGAGUGGUCUUAGUGGUGAGGACAUCGAGGCCAUCAAGAAGGGAGAGGCGAAGCAAUGA